AUGUACAAGGCCAGCAAUCUUGUUGAUGAAGCUGUCGACACUUGCAUCCUUAAAGUUGGUGAUGGAAGAGGAAUUUUGCAGAAUACUCACCAUCCUGAAGGCUUACAAAAGAUAAGAGAGCUAGAAGCCGAAGGACAAUCUGCCAGAUUAGAGAUUGAAGAACCUAUCCCAACUGCGCCACGAUUUAUUACUAACCUUCGCGGUACCACAGAAAUUUAUGAAGGACAAACGUCUUCCUUUGAAGCUCAAGUUGAACCUAUUCAUGUAUUCAAUUCUAUCAUAAUGGUAAGUCUUUGCUUCACAAAAACAGAAUCAAUUUUACUUACGGCUUUGGAUAUUACUCACGCAGUACCAGAAGAUGCAGGAGAAUAUUCAGUUAAAGCCAUCAAUAAUCUUGACCAAUGCGUAUACUCAAUAAGCCUUAGAGUGAUUUCUAGGGAAAAUAUCAUUACUGAAUCUCAAAGGCCCGAAGAUCUUGAUAAAAUAAGACAAUUACAAGCUCGUGAGCCUACAGACGUCCCGAGGUUGAAAAUCAAGUAA